AUCAGAAGAGGGAUGGACAAAAGACUAAGCCAUUGCGUGUCAGAUAAAGGGCAGUGAUACAAUGACUGUGACCAACAGGCGAUUUCAUCGCGCUCAGCUUCCGGCGCCGAGCCACUUUCAGCACACAAUCGCAACGCCAUCACCAUCCAUCAUCGGUGGGGUUGUGGGAACCGGUGGUGCUGCCGGUUCCGGGGCUUCCGAUACUAUUUACUCGUCGGCUGGGCUUGGCAGGGAUUUGGCGUCAGAAGAGGAUGCCAGCUCUCUCUACACGCCAUUUCCGAAGCACGUGCCAUUCCCAAACAUCGAGCAGCAAUCUGAGCUGCUGAAUGAGUUUAUUAUUUUCGCCUUCACGAUUGUGGCCAGUGUAACGCAGUUUCUGCACCUGUACCGGACAGUCUGGUGGCUACCGAACUCGUACAAUCGACAGGCUGUGAACUUUUAUCUCAUCGAUUGGGAUCUGGCCAUCUUCAUCGACAUUAUGGCUAGCAGACGGUUGCUGUACUGUUGCAUUACGAAACUUAUCGAUGCCAACUGCCCCGACGCUUACGCGGAGGUAACCAGAAGGGGCGCCAAGUACACGUUUCUGGCCUGCAUACUGGUGUCUUUUGUUGCGUGUGGCGCACAGAUCUACCAGAAAGCCAGCUACGUUCAUCUGUUCGUCCUCUGCUAUCCGCUGGUGCUGUAUCUGAUGAUUUUUGGCUUCAACCUGGAGUAUUUUUUGCGCACCAUCGUGGAUACGCAACCGAACUGCAUUAACGGUAUGCCACUGCACAGCUGCUCCUCGAACGCCACCUCGAUCCGGGCUGAAAUCGAUGCCCUGAAGACGGAUUUUAACAAUCGAUGUCGACAGGUGAUCUUCACCUCGCUGCUGAAUGCGUACUAUGCCGGUUUCGUGCCGUGUGUGUUGGCCUCGAAGCAUCUGUAUUACAACAACUUCUGGACGACGCAGCAUCUGGCGUGUAUCUUCAUCGGUGGGUUCAGCAUGUGCGUUACCUAUUGCUUCCCCGUGCGGUACUUUGACGUCUUUUACCGUGCUACCCUUCACCUGGGCCAAUGGGACCGUGUUAAUGCGCGAUCCAGCAGUCUUCCGGCGCACACGUGGUCGAAAACGAGUAUUUUUCCAUACGGAACGUAUGUUCGCUAUCUCGGCGAGCUGUACCGAUCCGUGGGUAGCUGUACCUCAGCCAUACCAACCAACAACAGCCAUCAUAGGUUCUACGCCUAUUUUAGUAAUCCUCGACUGACCUACCUGUGGUUGAUAUGCCUUCAGAUGACUAUGAUAUUAAUUCAGCUGCUUCUACUGUCGCUGGUUCGCGAGUGGCAGAACACCCUGUCGCUCGUGUUCAUGCUGCUGGCCAACUAUUUCGCACUGUUCCGCAUCGUUCGGGAUUAUCUCAUCAUUCGGAGGAUAUACGGCAACGAGAGUUUGUCGCCCCCGAAGUAUAAAGCGAACUAGCCAGCCCCGUGGCAUAGCACUGUGUCAGAAGUCUUAGAUUUAUAAUUUAUUGAACUGUACAAUAGUGUGUAAUGCAACGAUAAAAUCUAAAAC